UCUUUUCGUUUUGUUGGUUUAUGUUUUAGCAAGCAAGCGGUAACCAGGACGGAACCCAAAACCAAAAUGAUGCACAGAACCAGGUUCUGCUGUUACAAACAGCAACGGCGUUCAACCCGGCAGCGUACAAUCUGCCGCAGUUCCGGUACAAACAUCUUCCUUCAUCAGAAGUGCGCAACGCCUGGAAUGGAUGGAUUCGUGGUUUCGAACGUGUUAUGAAGGCUUCGAGUAUUACGGAUGGAUCGAUGAAGAAAAUUCAAAUGCUUGCAAUGGGAAGAUUAGAAUUGCAGAACGUUUUCGACGGUAUCCCAGGAGCCGAUGAAGAGUCCGAAGAAUCGGCUGAUCCUUUUGCUGUUGCCAGAACGAAGCUGGACAAUCAUUUUUCCCCAAAACAACACGAGAGCUUUGAGAGGUACUUGUUUUGGAUGAUGUCACCAGAAACGGAAGAACCGAUUGAGAAAUUCGUGGAGCGGGUGCAACAAAAGGCUGAAAAGUGUGCGUUCGGGAAAACAUCAUUGGAGAGCCGUCAAAUCGCAGUGGUGGAUAAGAUCAUACAAUAUGCGCCGGGGGAUCUACGUGAAAAACUAUUGGAAAAGAAACAUUUGACGCUGGAUGACUGCAUAAAAGUGGUCAACUCGCACCAGGCGGUGAAGUAUCAAGCGUCCAAAAUGAGUGAAAAAUCCGGAACCCCGUUGUCAACAAACGUUCAGAAGUUGUACGCGAACUCAGGUAGAAGGAAUUUUGUGCAUUCAGAUUCUUUCCAAAGGAAUUCAUCGCGAUGUACGAAGUGUGGAUACAAUCAACAUAAGCCUGGUGAACGAUGUCCUGCAUUGAAUCAGCUCUGCGUUCGUUGUCGUGGUGUUGGCCACUUCAAGGCGGUAUGCAGAAGCACAGCUCGUGGCCCCACGGAACCCUCGUCAGCUCCGGCUCAUUUGAAGCGACCCUACCCUACACCGACAACCUCCCGGAACAUGCCUCUGUUCAAGAAACCCAGGAAUGUGAUGCAUAUUGAAACCCCAGAGGAGAACAACAUGGAAUCAGAUGAAGAGGAAUUGCCCGUCUACAAUGUAGGCGACAACGAUGAGCUCAUACAAUGCAAAAUUGGAGGGGUUGGCAUAGAAAUGUUGAUUGAUUCGGGUUCGAAGUAUAAUUUGAUAGAUGAUGCUACCUGGUCAACGAUGAAAAUGAGAAACGUGCAAGCGAGCAACAUCCGCUUUGAUGCGAGCAAGAAGUUUCUUGCAUAUGGGAAAGUGCCUCUAAAAUUAAUCGCCGUUUUUGAUGCCGAAAUCGAAAUAUUGGGAACUGAUAGGAAACUGGCAGUGGACACGACCUUCUAUGUUAUAGAACAAGGACAGCAGCCGCUUUUGGGUAAACUAACUGCUCAACAACUAGGAGUCCUCCGUAUCGGUUUGGGAUCUAUUGAAGUGGAUCGUGUCGCGGUUACAAAACAGCAUUUCCCUUUCAUUCGGGACGUCGAGCUUACGCUGCCGAUUGACCGAAGCGUGCCGCCUGUCAUCCAACCACUUCGAAGGUGCCCAGUUCCCCUACUGGACAAAGUGAAGGCAAAAUUGGACGAUCUUCUGGCCCAGGACAUUAUAGAGAGAGUUGAGAAACCUUCAUCUUGGGUUUCGCCGCUUGUCCCCAUUUUAAAGGAUAAUGGGGAUUUGAGGAUGUGCAUUGAUAUGCGCAGGGCUAAUCAAGCGAUACAGCGUUUGAACCAUCCACUUCCUGUAUUCGAGGAAAUCUUACCACGAAUUCGCAAUGCUCGAUAUUACUCUUUGUUGGAUAUGAAGGAAUCGUAUUACCACGUGAUGUUGACGGAAGGCUGCAGGGAUGUUACCACCUUUAUUACUAACUGGGGAUUGUACCGGUUCAAAAGACUCUUCUUUGGGGUUAAUUGCGCCCCAGAGCUUUUUCAAAGCUUGAUGGAGAGUUUGCUGGCAAACUGCCCUAAUCUGAUUGGCUUCAUCGACGAUUUUCUAGUAUUUGGUGAGACAGAAGAAGCACACGACAAGGCAUUGGAAACAGUUGUUCGUAGGUUCGAGGAAUUUGGAGUUCAACUGAACCACCAGAAAUGUAAGUUCAAGCAGUUGGAAGUGAUUUUCUUAGGCCACCGGCUUUCGGAGAAAGGAGUCCUUCCAUCGGACGAUAAGGUGCGCUCCAUUUUGAACUGCCGAGCCCCCAAAUCUAAGGAGGAAUUACGAAGCUUUUUGGGCCUGGUCACUUUUGUGUCACGUUUCAUUCCUGACUUAGCAACAGCCAAUCACCCAUUGCGCGAGCUCGUCAAACAAUCUUCGAACUUUGUUUGGAACCAGGACCAUCAAGUUGCUUUUGAUUCAAUCAAACAGCGAAUUGGACGUUUGGACUAUUUGGGAUAUUACGAUCCGAUAGACCGCACCCUGGUGGUAACCGAUGCGUCGGGCGUAGGGCUCGAUGCGGUGCUCCAUUCAAUUUAAGAAUG